AUGCAGCAGCCAACAUCCCUUAUAGCUAAGGUUUUGAAGGCCAAAUACUACCCAAAGCAGAGUCUGCUCACCUCAGCAUGUAAAGCGAACUCCAGCUACGCUUGGAAGAGCAUAUUCCAAGGUAUUAAGCUUAUCUCUACAGGCCUCAAAUACAUCGUGGGUAAUGGGAAACAAAUUAAUGUAUGGCAGGAUCCGUGGUUACAUCUCAACCCACCAAGACCAGCUCGAGGACCUGGAGCAUCCACUAACCCAAACCUGAAAGUUAGUGAUCUACUAUUACACGGGCAUUGGAAUGAACCUCUUCUCAACAACAUCAUUCACCAUGAGGAUAUCCCACAUAUUAAAAACAUACGACCAUCUAUCACAGGAGCGGAUGAUGUGCUUACCUGGAUUCAUACUAAAGAUGGGCUCUAUUCAGUUAAAUCCGGGUAUCAUGUUCAACGAAAACUUUCUCAUAAUACCAUUCAGGAUAAACCUUUUGCAAGACUUUGGAAACAAAAUAUGCCUCAGAAAAUUAAGCACUUUUGGUGGCGAUGUCUUCAUAAUGUGGUUCCAACUGCAGAAAACUUAAAGAAAAGAAGGAUGUUGAAGGAUGACACUUGUCAGAGAUGUGGUGAGGCACCAGAGACUAUCAAUCAUUUACUCUUCCAAUGCCGUAUAAGCAAGGAGAUAUGGGAUCUCACAGCAAAUUUUAAUGGUAUAAGAUCACCUUUCUACCUUAACUCUGUUGAUCAGAAUAUAGAACUAUUGCUGAAUCUAAAUAACAACCAAAGGAAGGAUGCAAGUUUAUUCCCUUUCAUUGGUUGGCGUAUCUGGAAAAUGCGUAAUGACUUGAUUUUCAAUAAUAAAAGAUGGUCCCUUCCAGAUACAAUUAAUAAGGCCAUUCUUGAUUUUCAGCAAUGGAAAGAAAGUUAUAGCAUUAACAAACAUGAUUCACAGAAGUAUACAGUUCCGGAACAUCAUAAGCAUCAAUCCUCUGCAACAAACACUUCAAUUAGUUCCAUUACUAAAGAAGCAAAAGGUUAUUGUUGUUUUGUUGAUGCGUCGUGGAACUCUCCUAAUGAUUCUACAGGGAUUGGCUGGGCUUUAUACAAUAAAAAUGCACAAAUUGUUCUCAAAGGCAUGGUAUCUAUCAAUCCUAUGAGUACACCUCUGGAGGUUGAAGCCGAAGCAUUAAGAAUGGCAGUACUUCAUACUAACAGGCUGGGAUACACCAAUGUGGUCUUCUUUGGUGAUGCAGAGAGCUUGUAUCAGCAGACAAGUCGUAUUUUCUCUGGUAAUCAUCGAUGUCAUCAAGCUGAUCACACUAUAUUGGCGACCCUUUUAAAGGACAUUGAGAACAUUGCUCGGUCAUAUGAAACUAUCAAUUUUGUUAAAAUCCCACGGUUUCUGAAUGGUGUAGCUGAUGGUCUAGCAAAACAAGCUAGGAUAAAUCGAUCAAGUUUUGUAAUCUCAUGGAACCAUGUAAAUUGA